AUGGAAGUUCCUGACUUACCUCAGGCAGUAAAAUUGUUAAAAGAAAUGAAUACAAAUGUCCAACAAGUAUCUAACCUUGUGGACAAUAUGUUAGUUCGCGUUAAAGAUGGCGAAAUGACUACUGAUAAAGGCUUAAGCUUUUUAGAAAUGAAAUAUCAAAUGCUGCUAGGCUAUUUAAUUAAUUUAACUUACAUUGUAUUACGGAAAUGUUCUGGUGAAAAAAUCGAAUCUGACCCAUCUAUAGAUAGACUAAUAGAAAUAAGAACUGUACUUGAAAAGAUACGUCCCAUAGAUUCUAAGUUGAAGUAUCAAAUUGAUAAACUUGUUAAGACUGCAGUGGUUGGUGCCAGUUCAGAAGAUGAUCCACAAUCCUACCAUGCUAAUCCAUCAAACUUAAUGAGUAAAAUAGAUAACAGUGAUGAAGACUCGAGUGAAAUGUCAGAUAGUGGUGAAAAACCAAAAGAUAACAAAUCUAAUAUUUAUGUCCCACCUAAAUUGGCCGCUGUACACUAUGAAGAAAAUGUUACAAGACUAGAUACUGAAAAGAAUAAAGAGCGAGCAAAAAAACAAUUCUUGAACUCAAGCGUGAUGAGAGAACUUCGGGAAGAAUAUUCAGAAGCACCAACAGAAGUAACUACAGGAAAUUAUGUCAAACAUUCAAUAUCUAAACAAGAGCAAGAGAAGACAGAAUAUGAAGAGAACUACCUUACUCGAUUACCAGUUACUAAAGCUGAAAAGAAUCGUCGUAGAAAAUUGACAACUGUUGGAAUGUUAGCUGAUGAAAUUACUGGAAGUCGCAGUGUAUCACGUAAACACAAAACAAAAUCUAAGAAAGGUAAAGGAUUUAAAAGGAGGAAAACUCAUUAA